GUAACCCGGAUGUGUACGUCUCCCGUUUCCGGCGAUCCCUGAGAGCUCAGUCAGCAAAGAUGGCGAGCGGAGGGGUUUCAGUAGCCUCGUUAUGGACUGAAGUGAACCGCUGCGGACAGAACGGAGACUACACACGAGCCUUGAAAGCUCUGAGUAAAAUAUUGCACGAAAAUAGAGACGAUGUGACGGCCCUUCACUGUAAAAUAGUUUGCCUUACUCAAAACGGCAGCUUCAAAGAGGCUCUGAAUGUCAUGAACACGCACUCAAAAGUGCUCGGCAGCGAGGUUGUGUUUGAGAAAGCCUACUGUGAGUACCGCCUCAACAGAGUGGAAAGUGCCCUGAAGACCAUUGAAGCUGCUCCUGAGCAGACAGAUAAGCUUAAGGAGCUUUAUGGUCAAGUGUUGUACAGACUGGAACGCUAUAGUGAGUGCAAGUCCGUCUACACAGACCUGAUCAGGAACUCCCAGGAUGAGUAUGACGAGGAGAGAAAGACCAACCUGGCUGCUGUGGUGGCUGCGAUGAGUCAGUGGGAGAAGGCGCCAUUGGAUGAUCUGGGUCUGCCUGACUCGACGUAUGAACUGUGUUACAACGCUGCCUGCACUCUGAUUGGACAAGGACAGCUUACAGAGGCCUUCAAUAAACUACGACAGGCAGAGGAGCUUUGCAGAGUUUCAUUGGCAGAUGAUACUGAUGUGACUGAAGAGGACAUUGAGUCAGAACUGGCCGUCAUUCAUUCUCAGAUGGCGUAUGUCAUGCAGUUACAGGGUCGGACAGAUGAAGCUCUGCAGCUCUACAACCAGGUCAUCAAACUCAAGCCAACUGACGUGGGGCUCCUUGCUGUGACUGCCAACAAUAUUAUCACAAUAAACAAAGACCAAAAUGUGUUUGACUCAAAGAAAAAAGUUAAACUGACAAAUGCUGAAGGUGUUGAACACAAGCUGGCAAAGAAGCAGCUACAGGCCAUUGACUUCAACAAAGCUCUGCUGUCUAUGUACACGAACCAGGCCGACCAGUGCAGAAAACUGUCUUCCAGUCUUGCGUCUCAGAACCCCGGUCACCCACGGCCGGUCCUCAUCCAGGCUGCUCAGCUGUGCAGGGAGAAGCAGCACAGCAAAGCCAUCGAGCUGCUCCAGCAUUUCUCAGAUCAGCAUCCAGAAAGUGCAUCUGGCAUCAAAUUGACAAUGGCACAACUCUAUAUAGUACAAGGUCAUGUAACAAAAGCUUGCGAUGUCUUGAGGUCCAUUGAAGAGUUUAAGCACAAACCAGGGAUGGUGUCAGCUCUGGUAACGAUGUACUCCCACGAAGAAGACAUCGACAGUGCUAUCGAUGUCUUUAAACAAGCUAUUGAGCACUACCAGUCUGAACAGCCCGGAGCCGCUGUCCACUUGGCUCUUGUGCGAGAAGCCGCCAACUUUAAACUGAAAUACGGAAGGAAAAAAGAAGCUAUUAGUGACCUGGAGCAGCUGUGGAAGAAAAACACAAAAGACAUCCACACACUAGCACAACUCAUCUCUGCUUAUUCUCUGGUGGACACGGAUAAAGCCAAGUCCCUCAGUAAACACCUGCCCUCGGCCGACACCAUGUCCUUCAACGUGGACGUAGACGAGCUGGAGAACUCACACGGAGCCACGUAUGUCAGGAAAAAGGCUGCUAAGGUCGUAGGAGAAACUCUUCCCAAAGACAAAGGCCAAGACGAGAUCAAGAAGAAGAAGAAGAAAAAGAAAGGGAAAUUACAAAACCACGACCCCAAAGUGACGCCUGACCCUGAGAGGUGGCUGCCCAUGAGGGAGCGCUCCUACUACAGAGGCAAGAAGAAGGGAAAGAAGAAGGAGCAAAUCGGAAAGGGCACCCAGGGAGCGAUGGCAGGAGCUUCAGCCGAGCUCGACGCCAGUAAGACGGCCAGCAGCCCCCCUACCUCCCCCCGGCCGGGAUCAGCCUCAGGCUCCUCCACGGCUGCCGCCAGCAACGUGGUCCCCCCACGACAGCAGAAACCCGCCGCGUCAGGGGCCAGUCGCAAGAAGGCACCACAGAAGAAGAAGAAGGGCGGCAAAGGAGGCUGGUAGUCAGAGGACAGAACGCGUCAGAGCGGCUACGGAUCAUGAAGCAGUGUCUGUGGCUUUUAAAUCACAGAAUUCAUAAACAUUUCUUUUUUUAUGGAUCAUCACUUUAGGUUUAGUUUAAUAUUUCCCACCUCCCAUUGUUUAAAGGACAAUUCUGCCUAAGGGAAGUUUUUGUUGUUCUUCAGCAAAAGGUUGUGAAUUUUAUACAGUGAAAGUAAACAAAUAUACAGUUUUUAAGAAGCUCAAGGUCACGUGACAGGAAAUGUGCCCUUACUGCGUAGUCACUAGUCAUUCAAAAUGCUCAUUUGCCUGUUUCUACAUCAAAAUAGUUUCUAUCCUUAAAGUCCCACAUCUCCCACGGAAGCAUCUUCUAUGUUAAAGCACCUGCAGACAGUGAUUUACUUUGACCAUUUUAAUUUAACAUGAGUUUAUAAUAUCAUCGUCACCUCUUACUUUUCAAUGUGUCCUGGUGCGACUCUGAACUUGAGAGAGUUGUCUCUAAUGUCUCUCUGGUACCAUCACCUUUUUAAUUGCCCCUUCAAUCAGGAAGACGACCUUCAGCCCGUUGGUGCUGGUGGGUGCAGUGUUUAAGACUAUUAUUUUAAAAUCCCUGUUAGUCCAAAUUCCAAUGAAAGGAAAUUUUGUGUUUACUUCUGUCAGAUGCAUGUUUUAGGUUGUGUUUUAUGAGGAAAGAGACUAUUUUGGCCAACAACCCCCCAUUUUGUUAAUACUGAAUAAAACUUAAUUUACUUCUGUGA